GACAGAAGCCCCAGAAAUUGACGGGAUAAAAGGAUUAUAGAAAGAAAGGAACCCACAACGAGGAAGAGCAGCUCCCCUCAUGCCUCCCCAAUGCGUUGUGUGUAUUGGUUCAUCGUGCUCUGCGGUGCUCGUCUGAUAUCUGGAGGAGAGGGAGAGGUGACGGAGGCGCUGAAGGAGGGCAGUACCGCCAACACAACAACACAGAAAGACGCCCCCCCAUCACGUCAGCUCCUACUGGGGGUGACCUCGAGUGGCAGGGCGGCGACGCUUCACACCAACUUCACCCGCCUCGUGUUCUCGGCGGGCGAUCUGGAGGAAGGAGAGAACAGCAGGACCAGCGACGGCCUGUACGUGACGGUCCUCCACCAGGUGACAGGACAGGUGAUGGGCGCCCCUGAGCACCUGCAGCCGUGGGGGGACCUUCACCGGCUGGAGACCUUCCUUGACUCUAUUCAACCCGGCCGAGUGAUUGUUUUCGUGUUAAGGAAUGACCUCUCCUACGGGCUGCCAGAUGAGACACGCUCCAAGCUGGGGUCAUAUGGGUCUGCCGCGGCGACCUCCGUCUUGGGGCGCGGCGUGGCGUGGGCUUGGGUGUGGGUGAAGGGCGGCAGGACCCUGGGGGAGGCCGUGAGUGUCCCCAGUAGGCAGGUGAACGCUCCGGGGGUCACCUUACACGCCUCGGUUCUCCUCGCUCCCGCAGAAGAGUACCAGUGUCCGGGGUGGCGUAAGGGGAGGCGCUGGGACCUUCGGCGUUCCUUCUGCGACAAAUACGAGCGGUACGGCGACUUCUGCAGCUGUCACGCCCCUCACACCCUGCCUUCUGCCGCCCCUCCAAUCGCCAACAGUCAGCUCAAGAACGCCGUGGUGGUGAUCAUCGCUCACAGGGUCCCGGCGCUCUACAGGAGCCUCAAGACCGUGGCGGCGGCGCGGGGGUUCGAUGCCCGGCAGGUCGAGGUGUUCACGCCGGAGCCGCACGAGGAGCUGGCGGAGUUCCUGUCGGUGGUGGGGCUGCCGCUCACCGUCACGCGGCAGCUGAGUCCCUUCGUGGCCACGCUCAUCUCCAGGCAGUUCGUGUUCGCCUUCCGCCACGUCCUCGCCCGCCGCCCCGACGCGAAUCUGGUCAUCGUGCUGGAGGAGGACAUCACGGUGUCGCCUGACUUCUUCGUGUUCCUCAACAGGACGGCCAAGGUUCUUCAGGAGGACCCUUCGCUGCACUGUGUCUCCGCUCACAACGACCUCUCCUACCCCGGGACAUCCCACGACCCACGCGCCCUCCUGCGGACCGCGAGCUACACCAACUACGGCUGGAUGGUAACACGGGAGUUCGCGCAGGAGAUGGUGGCGAGGAUGGCGGUCAUGAAGAUGGAGUUCGACUGGGAUGUGUUCACCUACUUCUUUCUGAGACGAGGCCGCGAGUGCAUCAUCCCGGAGGUGUCUCGCUCCCACCACUUCGGCGACGCGGGUGCCCACCUCUCACAGUUCGCCCUCCGCCUCUACUUCUCGUCCAAGAACUACAAUCAAGACCCCGACGCUCUGGUGGAGGGCGCCGAGGAACUGGAGCAGGGAAGGUACGAGGCACACGUGACCUCCCUGCUGCGGCGUGCCAGGGUGCUUGAGGUCCACCCCUGCCAGAGCUCCUUCCCCGCCAGACACACACAGGCCGAAGGGGAAGUGUUGCUCCUCUUCUUCCACUGCGAGCGCGACCUGAACCUCUACCGGGGCAGCAAAGUGUGGGCAGCCCUGGCCUCGUGCCUGGGAACCUUCGCCCUGGAGUCUCGGGAGGCUCACCACGGCCUCUACAUCCUGAGACACGGCGCCGCCCACCUCCUGCUGGUUGCCCACCCCGCCUCCCCCUACAGCAAAUACAAGCCAGAGGGCGCCAAGGUGCUUCGUGUCACUCCCGAGGUGCUGCAGGAGGCCUUCAGGAGGGGCGAGGGGCGGCUACGGCGGACGCCCUUCACCGCCCACACACCAGAGCAGCAGUACGCCCGCUUCACCGCCCUCACCACCACCCUCACCGCCUUCACCGUCGACCCCAGCAGUGUCCCACCCGCAGCCUGACGCCCCAGGGAACACCUUAACCUUCAUGAACAAGUAUGAGAGAAAAAACAUCGGUGCUUCGUGGGGAGGACACAGGGGGACAUUGUAUGCUUCCAUUAGUGCCCCUGUGCUUCCCCGGGGGUGAUGAUCCGGCCAAGCGGUAAUAAAUAAAUGAAUAAUGGCGGACAUCUAUAAAGUGAAAUGUUUGUAAAUAUAGCGAGCGAUUUGUUUUCUUUGGA